UGGAGCUAGCACUAGAAGUUUUGAUUAUCGGGGCCAGCAUAAACAUGUGGAAACGCUGAUUGUGUUGGUGACACAGAGACGCUGCAAGCAGGUUCAUAAGUUGAACAUAAACCGUGUUCAGGGUGACAGCAUGACUAUUUCUUGUCUAACCACAACCCACUUGCUGGAGUCUCUAACAGUCAAACUACACAAGACCAACCAAGAUGAAGACAUCCUAAUAUAUGCAGACAUCUCUCCAGCAUCAGAGCACCAGAAAUGGUCUGUGAGGAAAGAUGCUGGAAAUGUUACACUUGAUCUGAAAGACAUCAGAUUAUCUGAUGAUGGCUUUUAUGACUGUCAGGUCUACAAGGAUCAGAACUGCCUUCAUGCAACUCGAUUUAACCUGAGGGUCAAAGAGUGUAAAACUUUGGACUCUGUCCAUCCAACACCAGGCUCUUCAGUGUUGCUGCCAUGCUCUGAACAUCCUCUACAAAACAGAACUGAGCGAGUCACUUGGAAAGUUGUUAAUGGUCACCAAUCAACAGAAAUAACCCAAUAUCGCCAUCCAAACAAGCCCUCAAGCAGCACAGAGAAACUCCUGAAGCCUCUGUUUGAGAGAGCGAGACAACUAGCGAACGGAUCUCUGCUUAUAAGGGAUGCAGUGUACAUCGAUGAAUCAUGGUAUCAGUGCAGAGUGAAUGAAAAAACCUGCUAUGAAGUAAAGCUGCUCAUGAAAGCCCCAGCUGACAGUACGGCUGUUCAGACUGACGAGAGUGAUACAGUGACAGCUAAUCUGACAUUAGUAAUGAUGACUGCAACAGUGUCUCUGUGUGUCCUCGUAUCACUGAUCGUCUGUGUCAUUCUAUAUUUCCAAAAACGAAGAAGCAAAAUCAACAGCCAAAGGAUUGAUGUCCCGUUGUGUUCUUUAGUUGAACCAAACACAGGAACAAUGACCACCUUUGACGUGAACAAACAGCAGCCUCUGUAUGUAAACCAGAUGAGAAGUAUGACUAAAUAAAUGUGCUUUUUUGGGUUGCUAUUUUUUUUAAAUAAGUCUUUGAAAAAAGUCCUUAUUUAAUAAUUUAGCUAUCUGUCACAAAUUAUAUUAAAGAGGGAAAUAAAUUCUGCAAAAAAAAAUUGCACAUUAAGGUUUCAACAACAUCUAAAAUGAUCUUUCUGUACACUGAAAACAAGUAUCACUGAUCCUUCUCGAUCUAUGGAAAGUUAUUACUUAAUAUUAUCAACAUAGUUACACUGCUUACAUGACAAUGCUUUUUGUAUGUCUCAUUUUAACAGAUAAAACUAUUUACAUUUAAAUUCAGAUUUAAUUGUCAGUGAGUUUUGUAUUCAUGGACAGCUAGAAGUCUUGGUGCAUUUAGACCCAAUUCUGGGACUGAUAUAAACUGACUUAAGUGUCUUUUUCUGUUACUGCUAACAGUAAUGGCAUUUUAAAAUCAUCAAACAAAUGAUAAGUGACUUAAAAUAAUUCACUUCAUUGCUGUUACAGUAAAAGAGAAAACUUUAUGUUAUGAAUUUUUACAUUUGUAAUACAGUUUACAUAUCAGUUUAAUUUGGAAAACACUGCCUUUUAAAUGUCACAUUUAUUUACUGAUUUUCUACACUCAACUAUCAUGUGUGAAGACUUUUACACCACUCUACCCUACUUUGUAAAUAUGCACUGAACAUGCUUACAAUUCAAGUCACCUUUAUUUCUAUAAUGCUUUAAACAGAUGGUUUCAAAUCAGUAGUAACAAAUCCAAAUACUGCUGUAAAGCAGAUCUAACCAGUCAAUAGUGUCAUUAUACAGCUCAAGUCAGUUCAUUUCAAUAAAGUUCAUCAACUGUGCAUACACAGUGUAUUUUUUGCACAUGUACAUGUGAGUGCAAAGACAAACUUCACUGCAAACUGAACAAGCAAAACACACAAGGUAAUAGUAGUGUUUUAUAUUUGUCAUAUUUGUCCGUGUGUAGUUUGGUGUGUAUAUGGAUAAUCAUUUGAUGUUUGUGUGAA